AUGGUUCCUCUUGGCGAACGGGCCAGAAGGCUCCUUGAUGGAUUUGCCACUAGAUCUGCAGAGGCUAUCUCAACUUUUGCGUAUUGCUUUUCUGCUGAGCAAGAGCCAUUGAUAUUUCAAGGGCGAUGUCGUGGAAAGAUUGCUCUAUCUCCAAAGGGCAUUACUUCAUUUGGCUGGGACUCCAUAUUCAUCCCAGAUGAAAGCGACGACAAAUCGUUCGCUGAGCUUACAAAGGAACAGAAAAAUAAGAUUUCGCAUCGCAGCAAGGCCCUUGAGCUUUUAAAACAGCACUUUAAGACUUGA